UUCUCAACCAGUUGCCAGCUUGUGGAAAAUUUUGCCUUAUCAACCAUCCCGACUAUGCUGGUGAAUGGUCAUUGGCUGGUAAAGUGAUUAGGAAUCACCCAAAUAAUACCACAACAAUUGAGUGGAGAGUCUUGUACAAAUUGCAGUAUCGAGAAUACAAGCAGGGAAGAGGUGUUGAAAUGGAAACAAUUAACACAAACCUCAUUUUAAAACAUUCUUUUGAGUUGACACCCAACAAUUCUCUUCCAAAAAAGAUAAUAAAAAAUUGGGCACAAUUAUACAGUGGAACUGAUGGACCGGACGGAUGAACCAGAACUUACAGACGAACAAGGACUUACAGAUGAACCAGCACUUAUAGUGAACUCAGUGACAGACAAUGUAGUACCAGAAGUGACAGACCUGACGAACAUGCCAAAAUCCACAACAGAGCAACAGACAGACGGAUUGGUACCUGAACAAGGAUCGGAACAAUUGAUGGACCAGAUGGACCCCUGA